AAGCAGAGUAGAGAUCACUUUGUUUACGAGUCUUCAGACUAACUUUAACUUUACUAUUAGUAUUAUUUUUGCAUCAUGUGGCGUUUGCAGCGUCUCGUGCGCAGCUCUGCUAAACAGCCUCUGAGUCUGAACCUUCAAAAUAAAAGCACGUCCAGGUGUUAUGCGACCUCUGCAGGGAACAGAGCGGUGCGGAUCGGCUGUGCGUCCGGGUUUUGGGGAGACACUGCGGUGUCAGUGCCCCAGCUGAUCCACAGUGGGAAGCUGGACUUCCUGGUGUUUGACUACCUCAGUGAGAUCACCAUGUCUCUGCUCACCGCCGCCAAGACCAAGAUGCCUAACAUGGGUUACGCUCCAGACUUCGUCCAGGUCGCUGUGGCUCCAUUCAUCCACGACAUCCACAAGAAAGGUAUCCGUGUGAUCAGUAACGCGGGUGGAGUCAAUCCUCUGGCGUGCGCCGCCGCCAUACAGGAAGUCAUCAAGAAGGCCGGGCUGGACCUCAAGGUUGCCGUGGUGACCGGUGAUGACCUCAUGCCCCAUAGGAGCAGCCUCUCUGAGGUAAAGAUGGCUGAUGAAAGCAGCAGAAAACAACAUUUACCUAAAACUCUCCACAGUAUGAACGCUUAUCUCGGAGCUCGACCAAUCAGCCGCUGUCUGGACCUGGGAGCCGACAUCGUGGUGACGGGUCGAUGUGUGGACAGCGCCGUGGCUCUGGGGCCGCUCAUACACACCUUUGGAUGGGAGAAGAACGACUAUGAUCUGUUGGCAGCUGGGAGUCUUGCAGGUCACCUGAUCGAGUGCGGAGCUCAGAGUACCGGAGGAAUCUUUACCGACUGGCACAAAGUCCCAGACUGGGAUAACAUAGGUUUCCCGGUAGUCGAGUGUUCUAGCGACGGUUCCUUCGUUCUCUCCAAGCCGCCCAAAACCGGAGGCCUCGUCUCCUUCGGCACGGUUGCCGAGCAACUGGUGUACGAGAUCGGUGACCCGCGGCGAUACCUGCUGCCUGAUGUCACCUGUGACUUCAGCCAGGUAGCUCUGAAGGAAGUCCCAGGUGUGGAUGGAGGCGCUGUGCGGGUCACAGGUGCUAAAGGCGUCGCUCCGUCACACGACUACAAGGUUUGCGCCACCUACAUGGACGGUUUCAGGGCGACGGCAGUUUGUCCAGUCGGAGGACCGAGAGCCGCAGAUAAGGCUCGACGGACCGCAGAGAGCAUCAUCAAACGGUCGAAGCGACUCUUUAAGCAGUUGAGUAUGGAAGAUUUCAACUCCGUUAACAUUCAGGUCCUCGGAUCCGAAGACACGUACGGCUCCAACGCUCACACCAAGGGCUCCAGAGAGGCAGUGCUCUGGAUGUCCGUUCAUCAUAAACAGAAGAAAGCUCUCGAACUCUUCGCCAGAGAAGUCGCUCCUGCAGGGACCGGCAUGGCUCCUGGACUCACCGGCAUCGUGGGCGGUCGGCCCCGAGUGUCUCCGGUCCUGAAGCCGUUUUUCUUCUUGCAACCCAAAUCUGAGCUGAAGGUUGAUAUUCACAUGGAUGGAGAACUGGUGGAGUCUUUCUCUGAGACCGGACCAGAUGCAUCGGAGCAGGAAGCCCCUCCCACCUCUGCAGAGGACUUCCAAGACAAAGAGCUUCCCAGCGGACCACACAGCUACAGACUGGAGGAACUGGCGUAUACGAGGAGCGGAGACAAAGGAGACUCUGCUAACAUCGGCGUCGUCGCUCGUCAUCCUCUCUUCUUUCCGUACCUGAAGAAACAUCUGACUUCUUCAAAAGUUCAGGAAUAUUUCUCUCACCUCAUCCAACCGGGAGCCAAGAACGCCGUCACACGGUACACUCUGCCGGGGAUCCACAGCCUCAACUUCGUCCUGCAGAGCUCACUGGGUGGGGGAGGGGUGGCGUCUCUCCGCAGCGACCCCCCCAGAGAGAAGGAGGAGAAGGAGAAGAAGUAUGACCUGAUGUUCAGGAGAGGAGACCUGCUGGAAGUUCCUCGGACUCUCUUCACACAUUUUGGGAUUUACCUCGGAGCCGACCGAGUCGCUCACUUCAUCCCAGACAUCAUGCCGGUCGUCUCCAGCGAUCAGAGUCGAAUCAGACGGAUGGUCACAAACAGCCGCCUCAUACUGGGAGUACUGGCCAAGUGUGGCAGUGUGAGAGUGGACUCAGUGGAAGACUUCGCUUAUGGAUCGGAGAUAUUCAUCAACACCAAGGACAAGAGGUGUGCAGCCGGCCGGCGCUGCAGGGGGGAGGAAGUGGCGGUGAGAGCGGAGAAGCUUCGGGGGGACGUGGCCUACAGUCUGCUGUGGUACAACUGUGAACACUACGUCAUGUACUGUCGAUACGGCACCGUCAUGAGCUUCCAGACCUUUCAGUUCUGUAAGACGCUGAGGAAGAUGAUGCUGAGCCGGCGCGUUGCCAAGGUAACGGCGGUGAUGGCGGCCUGCGUGCUGCUCUACCUGCGAGCUGUGAGCGUCGGCUGCGCCUCGCUGGCCUUCCUGCUGCCCUUCAUCAUCUGGAUGGCUUCAUGAACACAAACACAACA